CCCGUAAUGGCUCUAAUGGAGGCUUCCGAUGGCACCUUACACACACACAACUCAAUAUUCCCAGGAUUACCCAUAAAUCAUGGCGCUCUUAGCCGAGCGCACAGCAAUCGAAUUGGCUGGAAAGAUUCGAAUGAUAGCAACCUGCAGUACCUGCCGAAACCUACUGCAAGAGUCCUAUGUGGUUACAUCGUGCUCUCAUUACUUCUGCGCCGAUUGCGCUCGAAAGCACAAGGCUCAGUGUCCACGAUGUAACAAACCUGGUAUUAUUCGACGGGCAGAAUAUCUGGACAAAGUGGCAUCAACUUUGCAUCAAAUUCGCGAUAUUCUUUUGAAGGAAGAUUCACAGGAAGGCAAAAAACAUUCGCAAAAUUUGGCAAAGAAACGCAAACAAGAUUUUGUCGACUUCUCCGAAGAUGAACGACCAUCGCCGAAAGCUAACAAACUGAAGUCGAUUAGAGCGAAAAAAUCUGUGAACAGUCCACUUGUUAUUCAGAACAGAUCCGAUGUCGGUGGCCAAGUAAUAUUUGCCAAGAAGUCAACGCCAGUUACUCCGUCAACCCCGAAUAUGGGGAUAGUCAAUUCUGUUAGCGAUGUACGGCACCGCAUUCCAGACUCCAGAACUCCUACAGGUGUCUCCGGGUCGAUUGUGCCCAAAAAAUUGCUUAAACAAGCUCUCCUGUCGCCUGUGGUGGCAAGCCAGAGACCUCAAGCUGUCGACAGUGAUGACGGAACCGCGACAAGUCAAGACACAGACUUUAGCUUCUCUGGAGUUGUAACACAGGUCGAAAGAAGUGUAGAAAAGCCGCGGCUCGAAGUAGCCCAUCGAAAGCAAUUAACUGUUAGCGGCGCUGUUGCAGUCUCGGCAAUCGAGGCCACGGACAGCCCGGUAGGCGUUGCAGAGCCCCACGUUAACGCCUCAUGUCCCAUAAUUUCGCUAGCGGACUCACCAUGCUGCGCCUGUCAAUGUCAUCGAGCACUUAGUCCUGAAACAGCGAUGAAAGGCAAACGAAGUAGCGCAGUUCAGGUUCAAAAUAUACUUACAUUGGAUGUGUCGACUUCAAUGCCACGAGUGACGACGAAGGAAGUGUCCAUUGGAACAGAUCCAUUAGCGGCUGAUAGUCAAAGGGUUUCUUCAACAAAGGUUCUCUCUGUCGAGGUUCAGACUGAUCGUCCAUACGUAGCACCACCCAAACUCUAUCGAGAGGCCAUCGUUCAGACGGAUUUGGGCUUCGAUAUUGGUGAGCCAUCUGACGUUGACCAAACCCUUCAGUCUGAAUCAUCACAUAAAAAUCUAUCUCUAAAGUUCGGAAUUAAGGAAAACACUGCAGAAGAAAUUACCGAUAGUCAAAUUCAUGGUAACGGUAAUGUUGCCGUAGAACUGCCACCUACUACCACCAGGAGACACGGUAAUAGGUGCAGUACUCAGAGAGCAACAGUCCAGGCUACUAAUGCGCAGCCAAUGAGCCUGGAUAUGAGCCCGAUAAAACAGAAGGCACCACCACUCAAACAUCGUGAACAACCGACUAUUGCACCAAGUGAACAAGAACUAAGUAGGCUCACCGAUGGGCGACAUAUAGAACGUAAUAUUUUGGAUGAGAAGGAUUCCUUGGACUCGGUGGACUUCACUUCUUGUGAACAGCGUGUCAAACAGCACAAGAUACCAGGCGAACCUGUAGAAAAAGCAGCUAAGGUGCCAUCUGAUGGAGAGAAAGACGCACUCGAGUCAAUGUGUCGUAGUAGUGAAGGAAGCAUACCCGAGACUUUGCCUCUAAUAGUAUCACCGACAAGUAUAUCGGCGAAAAAAUCGCCUGCCGGAUCAAUCAGAGUGACGAAUCGUACUGAAGAGCUGGCUAGCAAUAGAAUGAGCAUUGAAGAUAGCCAGUUUGUGUUGCCUAUCAAAAAGGCUCUUGACUUGAGCGACGAGGAAGCCGAUGAUUUCAUGGCAAAUAUCGACACUCAAAUGGUAGCAACAAAACGGAAAAAGCUGACUCCUCACGGGGACCAUAAGCUUGAUAAACGAGCACAGCAGUUUUCGUGUGUUGAACAGAGUUCAGAAUGUUCGAUACGAAGUCAAAAAGGCCGGCGGCGUGUUGCAAAUCUCGUGAUGAGUAGCGAUGAGGAAGGGUCUGCAAAUGACGAUUUUGCAGUUCCCGCUGAACAAAAAGCGGCGUACGAAAAAGCUUCUACUAGACAGUCAAACACAGUGGUGACGAGAAAUACCGCUGAUUAUGAUGAUGAUGAAGAGGACGAACCAAUUGCACCGCUGGACACGGAGGAUAUGAAGAAUCUUGAAAGGGAAAUUGAAAAUUUGGACCGCGAGAUGGAAGAUAGCAAAAACACGGCUACGUUCCAAAAAUCUCGUUAAUGGAAAUGCGGCAACUAGUCUAUGCUAUAAUUUCUCUCCGGUUUAUAUCUGAAUAAUUAGAUGCUGUUUUUGCCUUGUACAUACCUCAGUUAAAUUUAAAGCACAGUAUUUUCCAUAACAUAUUUGUUGUCAAUAUAUCGCUAUUUCGCUCGCUGAUAAAGAAAACCCAUGAAUAAUUUCGAAGUAGAGUAGCUGCUGGACAUAAUAAAAUAGCGUGAAAAAGACCGCUAACAAAAUUUUGAUCAGUAGCCGUUAGGUUUGGAUAACGACUGCACGUUUUGUAGUUUCAAAAAACAAAUAUAAAU